ACCCCCGCACCAGUAUUUGCUCCAAAAAGUUAACUCUCACCUAAAAUGCUUCAAUUACCCUUACCUCUAUGCCAAUUCAAUUGGUGUCUUUUCUGCUUCCAUUUCCCCUCUUUGUAAAUUGCCUAUUCCCUCAGACCUCAAAUAUCCCACGAAAUAAUUUUCUUUUGUUUAGUCAAAAUCUUUGUACCAAACAACAUUAGUCUAUGUCAGUAGAUGGGCCUAUAUAUGUUUUCGUUUGCCUUUCUUCAAAGCCACAUUCUGUGAUCAAAGUUGAGCGUGAAAGUGGGUGCUGGGUUUAUACUUUUGUACAUCACUACAGAAGGACAUAAAUAAGUUAUACAGCGUUUUUGUUUGUGGGUUCUUUAUUGAUUGCUGGGAAAGUUCAGAAUUUACAAGUUAAGGAUAAGGACUAUCUAGCUACCAUUUAGUUACUCAUCCAUGGAGACAAUGAGUUCAACUGUUUCGAUGCCCUUCCCUCGGGGACCAACCAGUUAUGAUGAGAUAUCUAUGCAACAGAGCAUGCUCUUCUCUGAUAGCCUCAAGGAUUUGAGAAAUCUUAGGAAACAACUUUACUCAGCUGCAGAAUAUUUUGAGUUUUCUUAUACCAACGAUGAUCAGAAACAUAUAGUGGUGAAUACAUUGAAGGAUUAUUCCGUUAAAGCUCUUGUCAAUACUGUAGACCAUUUGGGCUCUGUGUCCUACAAGGUGAACGAUUUGUUGGAUGAACUGGUUGAUGAAGUUUCUGGAACAGAGCUUCGGUUAUCAUGUAUCGAGCAGAGGUUAAGGACAUGCCAGGAGUAUAUUGAUCGUGAAGGCCUUUCUCAGCAGUCACUCAUGAUAAACGGUUCCAAGUACCAUAAACGGUACAUCUUGCCAGCGGGGGAGACCAUUCAAGGUGCCAUCCAUACUAAGUUGAAUUACCAAGGAUGCAAUCUAGAUGAUGAAGACGACUGGCAUCAGUUGAAGAAUGCUAUUCGAUCUACAAUUGGAGAUACUCCAUCUGUAGGCAUUAAAGGACGCUCGCCUUCACCAUCUCCACGACUUGCUCAGCAACCUGGAAACUUUUCAUUCUCGGGCACUAUCACCAGAAAAGAUUUAGACAAACGAACAAUGUCACCACUCCGGUUUCCCCUUUUGCGUUCGGGAUCUUUCUCAAGUAAGCCGAACACACCAAAAAGUUCAAGGCCAACAACCCCAAACAGGAGUCGGCCAACUACUCCAAAUCCCUCUUCUGGAAGACAACAGUACAUAUUGGAACCUCGCAAAUCUGCUUCAAUGCGCAUCUAUUUCGAGAAAGAAAGCCCUAAAGAUAUAGAACAAUCUCCCAGCAAAAGUAAACGCCUUUUAAAGGCAUUGCUCAGUCGACGCAAGUCAAAGAAAGACGAGAUGUUAUACACUUAUUUGGACGAAUAUUAGUCACAGGAACAGAAACAAGAAACGAAAAGAGAUCUGAGGAGCAGGGAGAUUACUAUCUGCUUUGCCAUUUUUUCUUGAAUCUCAUUAAAGAGUUGUAUAAUUUUGUUUUCUUUCCAAGUUCCAGUUUUCACCUUCCAUUAAUGAAUUAAGUAUAGUUGUACUUGUAACUUUUCUCUAAUACAAUGUUUUAAGUAUUAUUGGUAAUGGAAAUGACCAUUUAGCA